AUGGCCGAACGAGCAGAAGCCCAAUGGGUGCACAUCCGCGUCGUCAACUCCUUAUCCUUCGACACCCUCAGUGUCAGAAACACCUGGCUGGGCUGGGGCAAAUUCCACAAAGAAAACAACAAGAGCGCCGAAAUCCCCGUCUCCGACAUCAACGCUCUCCGGGCAGCUCCUGGCGGGUCCUUCAACGUCUUCGCGUGCGGCAGAGCACAUUCGCCCUCUGGCACAGAGGGAAGCUUCGACGUGUUCAAUGGAGAUGUCCGCGUCGCUUACAUCUACUGGGACUGUCCUUGGGGCUCGAAGCGCAACCAGUUCCGCGUUGACAGGAUCGCUGAUGAUUACUGGGUGGAGACGGGUUAUUGGAAUCAGUCGGGCGGUGCUAUUGGUAGUGUUACGGUGGAAAUUGGCAGAAGAGAUCGGGCAAUUCGGUCGAGUCUUUAG